UAGUACACAUAAAAAACAAAGCAAAGCAGCUCCAAAUUUCACUUCCUUUCUUGAAAAAUAACGCCUCUGUAUGCUUCAUCUUCUUCUUAAUUUACUCAAACAAUGGCGAUGAAGAGAGCUUCUACCUCCGCAAUUCGAGCUCUUGCUGCUUCUUCUUCUUCAACUUUCUUCCGACACCUCCAUGCUUCUCCAGAGAGCAAAAAGAUAGUUGGAGUGUUCUACAAGGCAAAUGAGUAUGCUUCAAUGAAUCCCAACUUUGUGGGAUGUGCAGAGGGAGCUUUGGGCAUUCGCGACUGGCUCGAAUCACAAGGCCACCAAUACAUUGUCACUGAUGAUAAAGAAGGACCUCAUUGUGAACUUGAGAAGCAUAUAUCUGAUCUCCAUGUCCUCAUAACAACCCCCUUCCACCCAGCUUAUGUUACGGCGGAAAGAAUUAAAAAGGCCAAAAACCUGCAAUUGCUUCUUACAGCUGGAAUUGGCUCUGACCAUAUAGAUUUAACGGCUGCAGCUGAAGCCGGGUUGACUGUUGCAGAAGUUACAGGAAGCAAUGUUGUGUCGGUUGCUGAAGAUGAACUUAUGAGAAUUCUUAUUCUUGUCCGAAAUUUCUUACCUGGAUACCAUCAGGUUAUUAAUGGGGAUUGGAAUGUAGCAGGUAUUGCAUAUAGAGCCUAUGAUCUUGAAGAUAAGACAGUGGGAACUGUCGGAGCUGGGCGCAUUGGUAAGCUUUUGCUCCAACGUUUGAAACCUUUCAAUUGUAAUCUUCUCUAUCAUGACCGGCUUAAGAUGGAUCCCGAGUUGGAGAAUGAGAUUGGGGCAAAAUAUGAGGAGGAUCUUGAUGCAAUGCUUCCAAAAUGUGACAUAGUUGUCAUCAACACCCCUCUUACAGAGAAAACAAGGGGACUGUUUAACAAAGAUCGAAUAGCAAAGUUGAAGAAAGGAGUGCUUAUUGUUAACAAUGCUCGAGGAGCAAUCAUGGAUACCCAGGCAGUUGUUGAUGCUUGCUCCAGUGGACAUAUUGCAGGUUACAGUGGGGAUGUUUGGAAUCCGCAGCCAGCUCCAAAGGACCAUCCAUGGCGAUAUAUGCCAAAUCAAGCAAUGACCCCUCAUAUUUCUGGAACCACCAUUGAUGCACAAUUGCGUUACGCUGCGGGAGUUAAGGACAUGCUUGAGAGAUACUUUAAGGGAGAAGAAUUUCCAUUACAGCAUUACAUUGUCAGGGAAGGCAAACUUGCAAGUCAAUACCAAUGAGUGCCUGUAAGUGCACAUGUAACCUUACUGUGGUUAUAUUCUAUCUAUAACCUUAUGAGCUAUAUAUGUAAUGUGACGGUCUAUUAUGAUAUUGUAUCCUAUGUUAAAUGUUGCUGUUGAAAUAAAAAUGCUGUUUGUGCUUCUUUGUCAA